UACUUGUGUACCACUAGAAGUUGGCAUAAGCUCUUCAGUUCAGAGGCAAUAAACUCUGCACUGAAUUUACAUUAUCAGCGAUGAAAGGUACUGUAAUAUGGCUGCUGCUGCUAUUGCCUCUCUACUUCCCUGGUUACCCCAUUUCAUCAUGCAUGGGAAACCAGAUUGAGAAUCUCAACAGGUUGAUUGCAUCUCGCAGAUCCUCGAACGCCCCUCGGCCUGAGUUGUGGGCUCGGCUGGAUGAUGCUGGAAAUAGUCACGACUCUCCGGUGUAUGUAGGAUCUCAAAAAGGUUCGAUGCAAGCCGACAAAAUCGACAAAAUGCCAGGUCAGCCUGAAGGGGUAGAUUUUUAUCAUUACGCGGGCUAUGUAUCAAUAGAUCCGGUGACUGAUCGAGCAUUGUUCUAUUAUUUUGUGGAAUCACCGGUGAAUUCUCUGAAUAAGCCUCUCGUUUUAUGGCUAAAUGGAGGUCCAGGAUGCUCGUCUUUCGGAUAUGGAGCCAUGCAAGAGCUUGGACCUUUCAGAGUAAACAGUGACGGGAAAACGCUGUACAAAAAUGAAUAUGCAUGGAGCAAUGUUGCAAACGUGUUAUUCCUAGAAUCACCAGCAGGGGUUGGGUUUUCUUAUUCAAAAAAUUCCUCCGACUAUACCGUCGUUGGUGACAAGAGAACAGCAGAGGACUCCUAUGUUUUCCUCCUCAGCUGGCUUGAAAGAUUUCCACAGUAUAAAACGCGAGAUCUCUUUAUAACAGGUGAGAGCUAUGCUGGUCAUUAUGUUCCUCAGCUUGCUUCUUAUAUUCUCUCGAGAAACAAGAGCACAUAUCGAACCAUCAUCAAUCUCAAAGGAAUUGCUAUAGGAAAUGCCUGGAUAGAUGAUGACAUUUGUACAAAGGGACUGUUCGAUUAUUUAUGGACACACGCUCUUAACUCUGAUGAAACCAAUGAAGGAAUUAACAAGUACUGCAACUUUGCUAGUGAAGAUCUAGUUACCAAGAAGGCAGAUGCAGACACCACUACUGAUCAAUGUAAUAAGUAUCAAAGUCAGGGAACAACAGAGAUGGGAGACAUUGACUUGUAUGGCAUUUACGCCCCAAUAUGCAACUUAUCAGCAAUAAAACCUGGCUCAGAUGGUAAUGUCUUGAAUUUUGAUCCCUGCUCUGACACUCACGUUGAGUCCUACCUAAAUCUUGCCACGGUACAAGCAGCCCUCCAUGCCAAAGCUACAAAAUGGACAGGAUGCAGUGGUGUUGGAUGGACAGACAGCCCAAAGUCUACCCUUCCUGAAAUACGGCACUUGGCGAAAGUGAUUAGGGUGUGGAUAUACAGCGGCGAUACAGAUGGCCGAGUUCCAGUGACAUCCUCUAGGUAUGCCAUCAAGACCCUACAGCUUCCGGUAGAGACUGCUUGGCAGUCAUGGUACUCUGAGAGUGAGGUUGGAGGAUAUGUCGUUGGCUACAACGGUGUGGUUUUCACCACAGUUCGAGGAGCUGGACACAUGGUUCCAAGCUACCAACCAGCAAGAGCACUCACUAUGAUCACAUCUUUCCUGCAGGGGAAACUGCCUCCAGGCCGUCCUCCGUCUUAAAAGAACCCAUUAGGAACCCUCAAGGGAAGGCAUAUUGAUAAAAUGGACGCCAAAGAAACUGAACCACUUCUCUGCAUAUGGAGUUUCUUUAAAAGUUAAAAAAUGUAUGGAAACGUAUUGUUAUGAUUCUAUCUUUGGCAACUAAGAAAGAUAAAAUCAUUGUAGUGCAUCA